CCUAAUAUAGCUUAGACAACUCAGUCCCCUCCAACCCCACGAUUAUCUUUGUAUCUUUCACUCGUACAAAGAUACGAUCACUUGACUGUAUAAGAGUAUAAAUUCGAAAAAAAAAAAACAUAAAAACAUAAGAAAAAAAGAAAAAGGAAAGGCUAUUAGUUAUUCCACUCGAAAUGACCACGACGAAAGAAGGAGUAAACCCACUCCGUCCUUAUUAUAUUCCACCUUCCAUAGGAGAGCAAACUGGAAAGCUCCCAUCACAACCGAAUCCUUUCUCCCAAGCAAAUACGACGACAGCUUCGGCGUCAAGCAAAUACGCAUCCAGAGCCCGCGAUAUCUUCCCCGAUAUAGACUACAAGGAUCACCUUGAAGACAUAUCGCCGUCUACCAUACAAUCGGUUAAGAGCUUAGUAGACGAGUUAUUAUGGAAGUACACGUCGGUAAUGAUGGCUCAACCCUUCGAGGUAGCCAAGACAAUUCUUCAAGUGAGGAGUCAAGAUGACCUGGGAGGAUUAAAUACCAAACCGUCCUCGAAACCCGCGCCGAGGCCUGUCAGCCCAGAUCUUUCUAGUCUGAGUCUUCCUAGCCCGAAUAUCAUCGCUCCCAAGCGUUCGGUAUGGGACGAGGGCGGCGAGUCCGACUCCGACCCGGAAGGUUCCUCAUAUUUCACUACUAACAACCCAUAUACGCCUACGUCCUCCUCCAAGUCAACCAAAAGGAGAGAUUCAUCCCCGGCGGAACCCGCCAAAUCGCCUGUUAGACCCGUAGUCCUUCCACAUCAGCUUGCCCUGAAGCGACCCGACUCGAUAUUUGACGUGCUAUCGCAAUUAUGGUCCAAGGAGUCGAUCUGGGGGGUCUGGAAAGGAACAAAUGCCACAUUCCUCUAUACUGUACUGCAGUCACUGUUGGAGAACUGGUCGCGCAGCCUGCUGAGCGCGCUGUUGAACGUUCCGGACCUGGGACUUAAGGACGACGUUGACAGGCUAGUCGACGUUGCUUCGCCAUACCCUUGGGUUUCGUUAUGCGUUGCCGCUGCCGCCGCUGUUGCAACAGGCCUCAUACUAUCCCCUCUUGAUCUCGUCCGGACGAGAUUGAUCGUCACAUCUACCGGGCGCGCCCCGCGGCGGACCCUAGCAACCCUACGCUCCUUACCUUCGUGGCUAUGCCCAUCGUCUCUGAUAGCACCCACUGUUCUCAAUUCUCUCGUCCAUCCGCUCCUCACACUAUCUACACCCCUCGUACUACGGACCCAAUUCCUAAUUGAUCGGGAGCAGUCCCCUAUGACUUUCUCCGUGGCCAAGUUUUGCACCUCGGCCGCGUCUCUAUUUAUCAAACUACCGUUGGAGACGGUACUUCGCCGCGGUCAGGUGGCGGUGCUGUCGGAGCCCACGUAUCUAGAAGCUCUCGACCAAACAGACAAGUUGGAAACGAUUGUAACCCCGGGGCCGUAUAGAGGGGUAUUCGGUACGAUGUACUCGAUUGCUACCGAAGAGGGCUCAAGAGCAGUGUACGCGGUACCAACUAAGGCUUCGUCCCGCGGCAGAAAAGCGAAGCAGCAACCGCCCAAGACUGCUGCCGAGGUGGUAUACAAGAAGGGCCAGGGUCUAGACGGCCUCUGGAGAGGCUGGAAAGUCAGCUGGUGGGGCCUCGUAGGGCUCUGGACGGCCGGAGUGGCCGGAGGUGGCGGAGAAGGAGAGUUCUAAGCAACUCUAGUAUGAAACUCCUUGAAAUUCCAAUCAUAUGACGAUCCGUCAGCAACGGAUGAAAAAUAACUGGGAGUCGAGCGGAGCUGAGUUAUUCGAUGCUGGAUUUCCCAUAUCUCUUUUUUCCAACUCUGCAUUGAUUUUUUUUAUGUUCGAGGAGAGAAACAAAAACAAAGUAGUAGAGCAAAAGCGCCUCACGAGAUAUGGCAUGAUUCCCCUUUAUACCUCUAACGUAACGCAACAUAACGCAACGUAUGGACUUGAUUCUUUAUUGGUUGCGCAUGGUCUUGUACAUAGGCGUUCUUUCGAUUGUAGAAAGUUAAUAUUAUCUACUCUCAACUUUGAUACCAGGAAUCUUCUUUUUUCCUUUAUUCUAGUAUAUUAUGGAGUGCAAUGGAAACUAAUUGCUAGAAUAUUCCUAGGUUAGGAGGUAUCUUAUACCAUAUAUUGGUCUUUCGAAAUAAAGGCUCAAUAUGAUUUCAGUUGCUAGUCAGGUAUAAGUAUAUACCUACCUCCUAGGCAGCUUAUUUAGACUUGAUUUGCCAUAUCCUUUGUCGUUUACGCUAGUUUUAAAAGGUGCCUAAAAUAUGAUUCAGCAUAUUGUUGGCCUGGGGAACAGUGCACGG